AAGGGGGGAGAAGGCGGGUGUGUCUUGGGGCGAGGCGCCUCAAACAGCCACCCACCUGCCGCCUGGGGAGGGGACUCUAGAGUCGAUUCGAAUGUCAUGCUGCCCAGGGAGGGGACAGAAGACACGAGCUGUGGGGGUGGAGGCACGGGAUAGCGGGGGAGGGUGGGGGAGGGUGGGGGAGGGUGGGGGAGGGUGGGGAAGGAAAGAGGGGAGGAGAAGAGCAGUAGUUGGAGUAGGAAGGUGGGGAGAAGUGGUGGUGAAGAAUGUGUGCAUGGGGCACGCAGGAGCCCACUGUGGCCACGUUUGGGGUCCGAUUCCCUUCCUUGCGCGCCGCCCACACAUGGCACAGGAUCCUGGGUUGGUUGCAGCAGCCGGCAGCUGGGUUGCACUCCCUCUCCCGCAGUACUUUCAUCUCAGCUACAUGGGCUGUGGCGUGCAUGGUGGAGCACGGCAGGUGGAUGCUGCUUGAGAAGUCCAAGCUAAGUGUUAGUAUUCUCGUUUUGAGACGUCUCGAAACGUGCCGAGGUGGAGCGCACUGUCGCUUUUAAGGCAGUUCUUUUCAGGCUUGCUUGGCACAGCUUGAAGCUCCAAGCUUUGGCAAGCUCUAGAAACUUGAAACACAGUGCUGUGACAUGGACGAACA